AUGGGAGAGAAGAAAGUUUUGGGUGUUGUGAUGUUUGUUAUGGCUUAUUGUUUGGCUGUAACAACAUUCACAGCAUCACAAGUUCCAGCAACAUGCAAUGGCUUUGAACCAUUACUUUUUCAAUGUGUGGCUUAUUUGGUUCUCCCAGACCCCGGUACUCCUUCUGCUCAUUGUUGUGAUGGAGCAAGAGUGGCGUUUCAAAGAGCCAACAAUCCUCAAGCUAUCCAAAACUUUUGUAGUUGUCUUGUGGAUGCUGGACCAUAUUUGAACUUUCAGCCUUCGAGUUUGGUUCAACUUCCAGUAGCAUGCAAGAUUAAACCUUCCUUUUCUAUGGAUAAAUGUAUAUAUGGUUAG